AUGUGUACACUUGUAUGUUCCAGGCAGAACAUGUGUGCACUUGUAUGUUCCAGACAGAACAUGUGUACACUUGUAUGUUCCAGACAGAACAUGUGUGCACUUGUAUGUUCCAGACAGAACAUGUGUGCACUUGUUUGUUCCAGACAGAACAUGUGUACACUUGUUUGUUCCAGACAGAACAUGUGUACACUUGUAUGUUCCAGGCAGAACAUGUGUACACUUGUUUGUUCCAGGCAGAACAUGUGUGCACUUGUAUGUUCCAGACAGAACAUGUGUGCACUUGUAUGUUCCAGACAGAACAUGUGUGCACUUGUAUGUUCCAGACAGAACAUGUGUGCACUUGUAUGUUCCAGACAGAACAUGUGUGCACUUGUAUGUUCCAGACAGAACAUGUGUGCACUUGUAUGUUCCAGACAGAACAUGUGUACACUUUUAUGUUCCAGACAGAACAUGUGUGCACUUGUAUGUUCCAGACAGAACAUGUGUACACUUGUAUGUUCCAGGCAGAACAUGUGUGCACUUGUAUGUUCCAGGCAGAACAUGUGUGCACUUGUAUGUUCCAGGCAGAACAUGUGUGCACUUGUAUGUUCCAGGCAGAACAUGUGUGCACUUGUAUGUUCCAGACAGAACAUGUGUGCACUUGUAUGUUCCAGGCAGAACAUGUGUGCACUUGUAUGGUCCAGGCAGAACAUGUGUGCACUUGGAUGUUCCACAUAG